AUGAGCUUGACAGCGAUCAGCGAUGAUGAUGAUGAUGCGCGAGGUCCUCUUCGGUUCCCCUGUAGUCGAACUGUAGGAACGGAUCUAAACGGUGGUCGAAUCGGUUCAAGCAAUACGACAAACAAAACCGCGACAGCAAACGAUGGUUUGUCCUUAUCCGGUUCACGCAAUCCCGGUGGCAAUUUGUUCACCACAAGUCUGAGCGGAGAUAGCACCGCUAAUAAUUCCACCAAUUUGUCUGUCUCAUCUUCAUCCACCUCCCGUGGUAUGAAAUUGGAUCCCUCGGAGUUUCCGCCAAUCCUGACAUCAGUCGGUCGAAGUGGCAACGCACCAGGCUCUUUUCCAUCUCUGUCUAAUCAACCUCCGCUACGAAAUUACGUGUCCGUCAUGUCCAAAGGAUCCCCAGCUGCGGAUGCAGCUACAAGCAACUCCUUGACGGGCCAGUUUGGUUCAAAUCAACCGGCUCCACCGGAAUUCUCAAAACAAGAUUUCCCAGCCCUUCCCGGCUCAAAUCAACAUCAUCAUCAUCAACAACAACAACAGCAACAUUCAACUGCUUCAAGCACCCUCGCGACGGGCCAGUCCACCAACAGUUUGGCGGCGGUCAGUUCCACCAAUCCCGGUCUGCCCCGACCAAUACCCCUCGGUGCAUCCACCGGUAGUGGGAAUCGCCCCGUCAACUCUGCAGUUGUCCCCGGUGGUGCUUCCCAAUUUAGUUCGAAUUCUGGCACUGGUCAAAGCACUGGUAGUGCGGGCGGGAUUCAACUGUUGGCUAAUCAUUUCGUGGCGAAUAUCUCGAAAAAUAUGAUCUGUGAUCAGUUCGGUAUGAUUGGUUUGCUGAAGCUGAUACACAUAGGGGCGUAUGAUGCUGCACUGAAUAUGCUCGCACCCGGAUCCGAUCUGUCUUCAUUGCAUAAUAAUUGGCAAACUGCAGGCGAGCUGCACAACACGUUUGUUUCCCCAUGCCACGAUUCCUGUAUAGGUCGGCCACAGGAUAUGGAUUAUGCUGUUCCUCCCGAAUAUCUGAUCCGGCAUCUAAUUGCCGAUCGCCUCCCUGAUCCACCAAUGGAUCAACUAUCGGAAGAGACCUUGUUUUGGCUAUUCUACAAUUGCUGUCGGGAAGAGACCCAACUGGUCGUGGCCAAAGAACUUUAUCAACGAGAAUGGCGGUUUCACAAGAAAGAGAAAAUUUGGUUGACGCGGAAUGUAAACGCAAACUUCACUACGGAUAACAAUUCCGAGCAGGGUGAUUACUUUUACUGGGAUCCACUCAAAGCUCAAAAAUCCACCUUACACAUGACUAUCCUCUACUCCGAUCUGGACAAUGCGCCCAAAUCGUUUCGUCUCAGCUCGGGCACGUUAAACGCAUUUGUCAGUACCGGUCUGACAAGCAAUGCAGCUAGUCACCACGCGCAUCACUCCAAUGCUCAUGCGAACGUGCAACAACUGCAACUGGCGGCCGCCUAUCAACAACAACAACAACAACAACAACAACAACAACAACAACAACAACAACAACAACAGCAGCAGCAGCAGCAACAGAGCUAUAAUUCUCAUCAAUCACUUUUGUCCAACAACCAGCAAUCGACAGGCAGCAAUGCUGCUUUGGUAAACACGUUACACCAUGGUUCAUCUGGGCAACUUAUGGCUCAGGGAGCUACAACGUCCGCCGCAAGUAAUUCUGCCGCCACACUAGCUAGUCUGUUCAACAGUGCCCGACACCCAUCCAAGACCCAAGUAGCUCAAAUCAGUCCGUCUGCCAAUUAUAUGCAACCAACCGGAUUACCUCACGGACGGCAACCGAAUACGGGAUUGACUAACCCAGGAUCUAUGUUCGCCUCUCGGUCUGGACCCUCGGGCACACCGUCCAUUUCACCAACUGCAACCGCCACAUCAACCUCGCUUGUUCCCGGCCUGGUCGCAAACCCCGGAUCUGUCUCUUCCGCUGUGGUCUCGACCUCAAGCAAUCCGAGUGCAUCCAGUGUGGGUGGUAGUACUGCACAUGUACCAAAUAACGUUGAAUCCGGAUCCACAAAUGCCACCGACUCAUCCACGGUCCGAUCUCUGAGCAGUGGAACAACUGUGGCUACCACACUGUCCGGAGUGACGAAUGAUCCGAAUGUUGUAACUUCUGGAGGUGGCACAUCCUCAGCUUUGGAUGCGUCAGCGCAACUCUGA